AUGGACCGGUCCGGGUAUUUCAAGCAGCCCUAUUAUGAUGAAGAAGCCGCUGUAUUUGCCGAGAAGGCUAAGCAACCCUUUGGCUUCACCGAAUUCUUCACUUUCCCGCUCGGCAACGGAGGAAACUUUGGCCCUGCCCUCACAAUUACUGGAAAGCAAGACUACAUCGUCUGUGAUGGCGAAUGCGAGGGCAUCUUCGACGAACCGGCAUCAACGUUUUAUAGGAAUGCUCAGCCGUUUAUUCCGUACCUGCACCCCAACGCGAGCCAUAACUUCAAUUUUCAUCACAACGCGACGGGCGCCUACAAGGUCAUCACUGACUUCCUCGGGGAGCAUCUGAACUGA